AUGGUAGAGGAUAUACUGACUGACUUGCUGAUGCUUGAAAAUCAGCUGCCAUUCUUCAUUCUCAAGGACCUUUUCGACUCAAUUGCAAACAGAAUUAAAGUCCCUAGUGUUGAGAGGCUUUCCAUACGGUUUCUUCAUCAGGAGUUUUCAGUUGGUGUCACAACUUUCGGGGGAAUGUCAUUAGAGGAGUUAUUGACAAAAAUAGAUUCUUCCAACGAAGAAGUGCAACAUCUUGUUGAUCUCUUAAGAAAGCUAUGGAUAGCUCCUUUAUCGAAUGAACAAAGAAAAUCUGCCACCAAAAAGAAAAAAUCUGCAACAGCACCUAGCAUUGAAAAGCUACACCUGGCAGGAGUCAAAUUUAAGGUCAAAUCAGACACGAACUUGUUUGACAUACGAUUCGAUAAAGGGAUUCUAAUGAUUCCAAGAUUGAAUAUAGAGGAUCCAACAGAGAUUAUACUUAGAAAUUUAGUUGCCUUUGAACAAUGCAGUACUACUUCUGACGAUUAUUACAUUAGUGAUUAUGUUAGCAUGAUGGAUGAGUUGGUGGACACUCCAAAAGAUGCGGAGUUGCUUGUUAAGUACGACAUUGUUAAAAAUGAUCUCGGAGGUGGCGAUCACCAGUUGUCUAGCUUGAUCAACAGCCUUUCAACUGGGAUUCUAUAUGACUCAGGAAACUUCUAUUAUGGUGAUCUUUGUGAAAACCUGAACAAGUUCCACCGUACGAAGUGGCACCAUAGCCUGGCAAUUCUGAGACGCGAUUAUUUCAACACCCCUUGGGCAAUUAUUUCUUUCGUGGCAGCAGUUGUUGUCAUCAUAUUCACUGCCGUUCAAGCUGUCUGCUCAAUUAUCUCUCUGAAGUGA